GAAAUUCCCCAGGAUGGCUACAGCUUGCUACAGCUUACAAGCAGUGAAACUUGAGACUCGAGCUGAGAGCAGAGUCGUAUUUGCGGCGGAGUUCGGCUGAGCUCCGGUGUACUCUGUUUCCUCCGCGGCUAUUUAUACCCGCACAGCUGCGGCCCCAUUCCAGCACCACAACACAAGAACCCAACUGGUCCUCUCGGCCGGCAUCGUUUGCAUCGAUCAUGGCGCGGCCGGAGCAGCAGCAGGGUCUGCAGGUGCUGAGCGCGCUGGACGCGGCCAAGACGCAGUGGUACCACUUCACGGCCAUCGUGGUGGCCGGCAUGGGCUUCUUCACCGACGCCUACGACCUCUUCUGCAUCUCCCUCGUCACCAAGCUGCUGGGCCGCAUCUACUACACGGACCUCUCCCAGCCCAACCCCGGCACGCUGCCCCCCGGCGUGGCGGCGGCUGUCAACGGCGUGGCCUUCUGCGGCACGCUCACCGGCCAGCUCUUCUUCGGCUGGCUGGGCGACAAGCUUGGCCGCAAGAGCGUCUACGGGAUGACGCUCCUGCUCAUGGUCAUCUGCUCCAUCGGCUCGGGCCUCUCCUUCGCGCACACCCCCAAGAGCGUCAUGGCCACGCUCUGCUUCUUCCGCUUCUGGCUCGGCUUCGGCAUCGGCGGCGACUACCCGCUGUCGGCCACCAUCAUGUCCGAGUACGCCAACAAGAAGACCCGGGGCGCCUUCAUCGCCGCCGUCUUCGCCAUGCAAGGCUUCGGCAUCCUGGCCGGCGGCAUCGUCACGCUCAUCAUCUCUGCCGCGUUCCGUGCCGCGUUCCCGGAGCCGGCGUACCAGGACAACGCCGCGGCGUCCACGGGCACGGAGGCCGACUUCGUGUGGCGGAUCAUCCUGAUGCUGGGCGCGGUGCCAGCGCUGCUGACCUACUACUGGCGGAUGAAGAUGCCCGAGACGGCGCGGUACACGGCGCUGGUGGCCAAGAACGCCAAGCAGGCGGCGUCCGACAUGUCCAAGGUGCUGCAGGUGCAGAUGGAGGACGAGACGGAGAAGCUGGAGGAGAUGGUGAGCCGGGGCAAGAACGACUUCGGGCUCUUCUCCCCGCAGUUCGCGCGCCGGCACGGGCUCCACCUGGUGGGCACGGCCACCACCUGGUUCCUCCUGGACAUCGCCUUCUACAGCCAGAACCUGUUCCAGAAGGACAUCUUCGCAGCCAUUAACUGGAUCCCCAAGGCGAAAACCAUGAGCGCCAUGGACGAGGUGUUCCGCAUCUCCCGCGCGCAGACGCUCAUCGCGCUCUGCGGCACCGUGCCGGGCUACUGGUUCACCGUCUUCCUCAUCGACGUCGUGGGCCGCUUCGCGAUCCAGCUCAUGGGCUUCUUCAUGAUGACCGUCUUCAUGCUGGGCCUCGCCGUGCCGUACCACCACUGGACCACGCCAGGGAACCAGAUCGGGUUCGUGGUCAUGUACGCAUUCACCUUCUUCUUCGCAAACUUCGGGCCCAACGCCACCACGUUCGUCGUGCCGGCGGAGAUCUUCCCGGCAAGGCUGAGGUCCACGUGCCACGGGAUAUCGGCGGCCGCGGGGAAGGCCGGAGCCAUGAUCGGGGCAUUCGGGUUCCUCUACGCGGCGCAGGACCCGCACAAGCCGGAGGCAGGGUACAAGCCAGGGAUCGGCGUCAGGAACUCGCUCUUCGUGCUCGCUGGGGUCAACCUGUUGGGGUUCAUGUUCACGUUCCUCGUGCCGGAGGCCAACGGGAAGUCGCUCGAGGAGAUGUCCGGCGAGGCCGAGGACAACGAGGAGAUGGCCGGCGCCGCCGUGCAGCCGUCUCAAAUGGCCUAGUCGUCGUCGACCGUACGUACGUGACAACUGCUCGAUCGUGUUAAUUUGGAUGGAGAUGUGUUGCUUCUCUUGUGUUCAUGGUCAAAUGAUACCUACCUUGUUUAGUAAUAUUUGGUUCGAACUUUUCUUUUUGGGCAAUAUAUCUUGUUGUGAUCUGUAAAGUUUAAAUUAGUAAAGGGAAUCACACUCCCAUUUUUUGUUUAA